AUGGGGAAACCCCAAUACAAUCAAUCAUUUCGGUCUGAAUGGCUGAAGGACAAACUAUUUGCAGAUUGGUUGUCUGCUUAUGAAGGCGAUUCGUUGAAAGCAUUUUGCAAAGUCUGUUGUUGCCAAAUAAGGGCCAAACGAGCUGAUUUAAUUAACCACAAAAACACCAAGAAACACGAAGCGGCCAGUGGAGCCAUCCGUUUACAUAAACCAGGCGGUAUACAAUUAAUAAAACCAAAUAACAAGACAAAUCACGCUGAAGCAGCAAUUGCUUUGUUUGUAAGUGCUCAUUGCUCAAUUUUAUCCUCUGACCAUUUAGGAGAGUUAUGUAAGUUGCAAUUUGCUGGAGCACAUGCUGAUAAAAUUCAUCUCCAUCGAACAAAGUGCACUGCAAUAAUUAAUAAUGUUCUUUGCCCACACUUUGAAACUAAAUUAAAAGAUGAUAUUGGGAAUAGCAAAUAUAGUAUUCUUGUAGACGAAUCAACUGAUAUAUCAGUUACAAAAUUUCUGGGGAUUGUCAUUAUAUACUAUAGCACCUUAAAAAGCACCAUAGUAACGACUUUUUUAGGAUUAGAAGAACUUAUGGAAGGUAACGCUUUAGCUAUUGUUAAUGCUAUAAAGUCUUGUUUAAAAAAAUAUUCUUUAAGCUUAAAGAAUAUGAUAGGCUUAGGAACAGACAAUGCGAGUGUUAUGAUAGGAGUCAACAACGGAGUACACAAAUUACUGAAAGAUGAAAAUCCAUACAUUGUCCUUAUUAAAUGUGUAUGUCAUUCUUUACAGUUAGCUACAUCUCAUGCAGUUUCUGAAAAGUUACCUAGAAAUUUAGAUUUUUUAAUUUCUGAAACAUACAAUUGGUUCAGUAAAUCAACUCUUAGACAGCAAGCAUAUAAAGAGUUAUUUACAACUUUAAAUGAUGGAUGUGAGCCUUUAAAGAUUGUGCAAGCAUCAAACACUCGUUGGCUAUCCAUUGAAGUGGCAGUUUCUCGGGUAAUAGCACAAUGGUACGAACUCAAACUUCAUUUUGAAAUUUCCAGAUGUAAAGAAAAAUGCUACCUCGCAGAAAUGUUAUACAAUAUGUACAAAGAUGAACAAAAUCUAGCUUACUUAUUAUUUUUAAAGCCAAUUUUAAAAGAAAUUCAACGAGUGAAUAAGCUAUUUGAAUCAAGCAACAUUGAUCCUACUAAAUUAUGUAAUGAAUUAAGUUCAUUAAUUGCCUCAAUAGGUAAAUUAAUCGUAACACCAACCUUCCGUUUUGAACCUAUUACAAUAGAUUUUACAUCACAUUUACACCCUCGUCCAUAUUUAGGUUUUGGAUUUGAAAAAAAGAUUUCAGAAAUGAUUAAUGCAAAUCAAAUAUCAAAAGAUAGUGAAAAUAUUUUGAGAGAACGUUGCAUAUCUUUUGUAGUUGCAUUAGUGAAACAACUACAACAAAGACUGCCAGAAAAUAUUAACAUUUUCCAAAAAACUGAAAUUCUUUCUCCUUCGAAUGCUCUUAAGCAGAUAAAAGAAAAUAUUACUGAUUUGUGCGAAUGUUUUGGAGUUAAUAAUGAAGAAAUAGAGAAAAUUGAGACUCAAUGGCGGAAAAUAAAUUUGGUUUCGUGGAAAAAUACAAGUUCAGCUAUCGACUUUUGGACUGAAGUCAAAGAAUUUAAAGAUGCAGCUAAUAGUUAUAUAUUUAAAGAAUUGGCUUAUUUUUCUUUGACAGUUCUGUGUUUGCCAUGGUCCAACGCUGCUGUUGAAAGAAUUUUUAGCCAAAUGAACAUUGUUAAGUCAAAAUCAAGAAAUAAAAUGGGUACAACCUUAUUGACUUCUUUACUUCAAAUUCGUUUUGGGCUAAAGUUAAGCGAUAAAUGUUGUAAAAACUAUUCAUUGCCAGAUGCUAUAGUCAAACAAAUUGGCACUAAAGAGAUUUACAAAACACAAGGUAAUUUAGAAGAACUUAACGUUGAUGAAGAAUUGUUUAUACUUUAA